AUGGAUGCAAAGAACCCACUAUCGCUGCUGCUGUCGGAUGUUCAACAGGCGUACUGGCUGUUGCGUGAGUGCCCUCCUGAGGCACAAAUAUUGAUUGCGUCGGCAGCAGAACGGAUCAUGAGCUCAGUCUCCGCCAUGCCCAACUUGGUCACUCCAAGACUGAUGAAAGGCAUCCUCAUUAUCUUCAUGGUACCGUACACUUCUCUGGAUAUCGACCAUGUCAAUCAAGAGGCAAAGUUGAUCAAGUACACGGAGUUCUACAAUGAAUCGCUGAAUGGGUUCAUCGACUUUAUGGACGAUUUCAAGCGGUUCCGCGAAAAGGUGUUUGCCCUCUGCAACUUCCCAUUCGUGUUGACUGUGACAACCAAGGCCAACAUCCUGAAACUUGAGUCGUCAGUGCUGAUGCGGGAAAAGUUACAGCUGGCUUUUUUUAGAGCAUUAUUUGCUGGAGUGAACCCUCCUUACCUUUUGCUCACCAUUCGACGAGACUACAUCAUCGAGGAUGCUCUUGUCCAGCUUCAGCACAAGUCGCACGAGGACCUCAAGAAGCAGCUCAAGGUCAAGUUUGUCAACGAGGAGGGGAUCGAUGAGGGCGGAGUCCAAAAGGAAUUCUUCCAGCUGGCCAUGCGUGAGCUCAUCGAUCCCAAGUAUGGGAUGUUUACCUUGAACGACGAGUCUCGGCUGUGUUGGUUCGCUCAAAGCCCGUUGGAGGAUGAGCUGGCCUUGGAUGAGUACAACAUGGUGGGCCGUCUAAUAGGUCUGGCCAUCUACAACGGGAUCAUCUUGGACAUCCACUUCCCGCUGGCCCUCUACAAGAAGCUGGCCCUUGCGGCCGAGUCUCAAGGAGAUCUGAGCCGUCUAGACGAGCAGUGGGACCUUGAUGAUCUCAUGGAAAUAGAUCCAACUUUGGCAAAAGGUCUUCGGCAACUAGAGACCUUUGAAGGUGAUGUUCUGGAGGCUUACGACCGGACAUUCCAAGUCGAGUACGAAUCAUUUGGCCAGACGUUCCAGCACGAUCUCAUCCCUGACGGAGUAAAUAUUCCUUUGACAAACGCGAACCGAACCGAGUUUGUAAAGGAGUACCUCAAGUUCUACUUCACAACAUCCAUCGCCAAACAGUUCAACGCUUUUAGCGAGGGAUUCCACCUCGUCACACUUGGAAGCGCCAUUCAGCUCUUUAGGCCUGAAGAAGUCGAACAAUUGAUCUGUGGUUCGCCGGACCUCGACUUCAAUGCGCUUGAGCAGAUCACGCAGUACGAGGGAGGGUUCCACGCUAAGUCAAGGAUCAUUCGGUGGUUCUGGGAGACUGUGCAUGCGUACGAGGAUAAGGACAAGAAGCGGUUACUGUUCUUUGCAACAGGGUCGGAUCGAGUGCCAAUAGGAGGACUUGGCCAUCUCUCAUUUACGAUAUCCAAGAACGGACCCGAUUCGAUGCGCCUGCCGACGUCCCAUACAUGUUACAACACGCUCAUGCUCUGCGCCUACUCGUCCAAAGAGAGGUUACAGGAACGUCUCAUGACGGCCAUAGGCAACGCUGAAGGGUUUGGGCUUAUGUAG